CAACUGAUCAUCUUGGUGGUUGGCAAUGGUCAUAGGAUGAAAUUGUCUUCAAGGGCUUCAUGAUUAUUGUAUGCAAACCUAUUCUGUCAUCUGGUGAGAUGCCAUCCAUAGUGCAAACUUACCUGAAGUCUCUGCCUUGACAUUUACAGGACACUCCAGAGGCAAAGACUUCAUACAGGAUCACAGGACUUCAGAGGCAAGAGACAGUGACAACCAGAGUGAUUUCAUCAGCCAUGUCAUCAUCCAUGAUCCAUUCGUCUUUAGACAAUUGUUUUUCGAUCAAGUGGACAACACAGUGAAUUGGUGAUGUUGUCAUCUUGUUUAUGCUUUUUUUUCCUCACCUGUGUUUGGUCCUUUGCAGAUAUCACAAUAGGAGUACCAAGCAGAGAUGCUCGGUCCCAGAUCGAAGAUCCAAGACCGGAUGGCUGGGCUGUUCACCAGGCAGGCUGCCGAGUACGCCGCGGCGCGGCCGGUCUACCCCAAGGACCUGUUCGUCAAGCUCGCGUCGCUCACCGCCCACCACCGCGUCGCCUGGGACGUCGGCACCGGCAAUGGCCAGGCCGCCAUCGGCGUCGCGGAGCACUACGACAGCGUGGUGGCGACGGACGUGAGCGCGGAGCAGCUGCGGCGCGCCGUGCCGCACCCGAAGGUCCGGUACCUCCACACCCCCGACGCCGGUGCCGACGACGACGACCUCGUCGCGGCGCUCGGCGGCGAGGGCUGCGUCGACCUCAUCACGGUGGCCGAGGCGGCGCACUGGUUCGACCUCCCGGCGUUCUACGGCGCCGCGCGGCGGCUCCUGCGGAAGCCCGGCGGCGUGAUCGCGGUCUGGGGGUACAACUACCGCGUCAGCCCCGUGGAGGACAUGAUGUCCCGCUUCCUCCACACCACCCUGCCCUACUGGGACUCCAGAGCUCGGUACGUGAUCGACGGGUACCGGGACCUGCCGUUCCCGUUCGACGGCGUCGGCCUCGGGAAGGAGGGCGAGCCGGCGGGCUUCGACAUGGAGCACGAGAUGGCGUUCCCGGGCCUCGUCCGAAUGCUGAGGUCGUGGUCGGCGGUGGCGACGGCGAGGCAGCGGGGCGUGGACCUGCUGGACGAGCGCGUGGUGAGGCGGCUGGAGGAAGAGUGGGGUGGCGCGUCGCUGGUCCGCAAGGUCACCUUCAAGGCGUUCCUGCUUGCCGGCACCGUCAGGGCCGACGACCCUGCUUGAUCGAGCGAGUGACUGUGUGGGAAGUAUAUAUGGAGUCGAAUGCUCAUGUGAAAAAUGGUGUAUUGUACUCCUAUACUGUUUGUUUUGUUUAGAUGGAGAGUAUUACGUGAAAGGCUAUUCAUCCCAAGUCAGCCCCUCGUUUUUUUACGUCGUCCGAAAGAUCACAAAAGGAAUUUGAAAAAAAAAAAGAAGAUAGAAGGAGAAGAAUUUGUGAA